AUGGCAAGGACAAAGUUCAGCAUCGUGGUGGCGGUGGCGACGGAGAACAAUGCGAUAGGCGUUGAGAAUCGGCUGCCGUGGCACAUCCCCAAGGAGCUGGCGGCGUUUCGCACGCUGACUCGUGCUGAAGGGGCCACCAACGCGAUCAUCAUGGGCCGUCGCACCUAUGAAUUGUUCCCCAACGGACCGCUGCCGGGUCGCACGAACAUCGUGCUCUCGAGGAACCCCGCGUUUGAAGCGCUGCCCGGUGUCAUUGUAUCAUGUGACCUUGGAUCCGCGCUCAAGAAACUUGGUGUUGUGACCGAGAAGGUUUUUGUCAUUGGCGGUGCCCAACUCUACCGUGAAGCCCUGCUACACCCACAAUGUGAGGCCAUCUAUCUCACCAGCGUCAGUGGCGCCCCUGGCAUUGAGAAGGUGGAUGUGUUCUUCCCUGAUAUACCUGGAGAUGCAUACAAGAUUGACGUGGGCUAUGCCAAGAGCGGCGUGGUACACACUGAGGUGUCUCCUAUCACCUAUGAGUACAAGCGCUAUCGCAAGGCCUUGGAUGAAGUGAGGGAGGCGCGGGAUGCCAUCCGCAUUGCAUCGGCCGUGGAUGCCAUGUACUAUAUGAUCUCCGAGGCUUAUGAUGGCGUGGGAGAAAUGGCCAAUGCACGCGCAUCUGGCACUGGGAUUGAGACACUGGGAGGCUUGGAGAGGUUGGCCAAUUUUUCGCUGCGUUGGGAUCCUGUCGGCGACAUCGUGAUCCUCUGGCGAUCGACCAGCGAUCCCACGAUCGGAUUCCUCGUGUUUCGUGGCAUGUUGAGCGCCUACGAGUGGGGAAUAGACUUUAUGUACUAUCAGGUCCCCUACGAGUUUGCCGUCGCAGAAUCCGGGGCGGCGACUCCGAUGAUCCACUCUGGAUUCUUCAAGGCCUACUCGAGCAUCGGCGCCUCCAUCCGGCGGGCCAUCGUUUCCAACGGCAUAUCACAACUCUUCAUCACCGGACACAGUCUCGGUGGUGCGUUGUCGAUCCUGGCCGCAUCGGAUCUCAGUGGGCUCUCGGCAUCGGGUCCUUCGGCGAUCGCCAGCGCCGUCGACGUGACCACCUUUGGUGCACCCCGCGUCGGCAACCAAGCGUUCGCGGCGCAAAUCCACUCCUCGCGGAUCGCCAGGAUCCUUCAGGUGAGAUCCGAAGACGACAUCGUGCCGACGACGCCGCUGUCAUCCAUGGUCGAUCCCGCGCGCCCGCUCGGAUCGAGCCUGUCGUACGAGCACGUCGGUGAAUUCGUGUACUUUCGCCGACCGCAACCCACCAUCGCGGCAUCACACGCACUCGACAACUACAUCGGUUUUGCCAUGGAUCAAUAA